AUGUCUUCUUCUUCUUCUUCCCAAUCUCCAAAAUCCCUAGACUCUCUCCUCCUCCAUCGUCGUGCGCUCUCUUCCCGCACCGUUGCAAUCCCUCCGAGCGAUCCACUUCCCGCCGCCCCUCUCCCUUCUUCUCUCCCUCCUUCCAAAUUCAUCCCAGGCACCCGCUUCCUCAUCGAUGCCUUCCGCCACGCCGCCACCGUCCCCGCCCCGGCCGCCGCAUACUUCCUCUCCCACUUCCAUUCCGAUCACUACUCGGGCCUUUACCCUAACUGGUCACACGGCAUCAUUUUCUGUUCUCAAAUCACCGCCGAUCUCGUCACCAGAGUUCUGAAGAUCCCUAAGCAGUUCGUCUUCCCCUUGCCGUUGCGUGAGACGGUGCUCGUCGAUGGUUCCGAAGUCACUCUCGUGGACGCCAAUCACUGCCCUGGCGCGGUUCAGUUCUUGUUCAAGGUGCCGGCUAAGAGUUCAACAACGGGUUUUGAAAUGUACGUUCAUACUGGCGAUUUCAGGUACAUCAGUUCCAUGAGUGAGGAUGCUCUAUUGCGUGGAUUUAUUGGUUGUGACGCUGUUUUCUUGGAUACUACUUAUUGCAACCCUAAAUAUGUGUUUCCGGCUCAAGAUGAGGCUGUUGAUUAUGUAGUUAGCGUGAUAGAUAGUGUACGGAAGGAGUGUUUGGAUAAGAGGGUCUUGUUUCUUAUUGCCACUUAUGUUAUUGGCAAGGAAAGGAUUUUGCUUGAGACUGCAAGGAGGUGCCAAACGAAAGUGCUUGUUGAUGGCAAGAAAAUGGAGGUUUUAAGGGUUUUGGGGUAUGGGGAGACUGAGGGGUUUACAGAGGAUGUGCUCCAGAGUGAUGUCCAUGUCGUUGGUUGGAAUGUGUUAGGUGAGACUUGGCCUUAUUUUCGUCCAAAUUUCGUCAAGAUGGCAGAGAUUAUGGCAGAAAGAGGGUACUCUAGAGUGGUUGGUUUUGUUCCUACUGGAUGGACUUAUGAAGUUAAGCAUAAUAAGUUUGCGGUGAGGGCUAAGGAUUCGUGCGAGGUUCAUCUUGUGCCAUACAGUGAACAUUCAAAUUAUGAUGAACUCAGAGAGUAUGUGAAGCUUUUGAGACCUAAACGUGUUAUUCCUACAGUUGGUGUGGAUGUUGAGAACCUUGACAGCAAACAAGUUCAUAAAAUGCAAAAACAUUUUUCAGGGUUAGUUGAUGAGACUGCCAACAAGAAAGAUUUCUUGAUGAAUUUCCUUCGUGGUUCUACUGAGAGUGAAAAAGGUUUUGAAACUGAUGGUUUAUCUUUGUUGAAUGAGGAAGGACAGCUAGAUGUGGAGCCUUCUGAUCCUAUAGCUGUUGAAAAUGCAGUUCCGCUAUCCAUUUCAAAUACCUUGGAAAAUCAGAAAGGGUCUGAUUCACUAGAUGUAGUUGUGCUAACUGAAGAGGAAACACAGAGACUAAUAAAGGAAUUGAGUGACUGUUUGCCUGUAUGGGUUACCCAUGACCAAAUGUUACAUUUGCUUGGCAGAUCAGGGAGAAAUAUAGUUGACGCUGUUUCCAAUUUCUAUGAGUGUGAAACAGAAUUCCAUGAGCAGGUAGUUUCUAGCAAGGCUUCCGUCUCUUCGUCCCAGACUGAUACACAGAAUUCACCUGAUGUACUUCUAACGCCUGAGUCCACCUGCAACACAAUUAACCGAGGGAGUUCAGUCAUUGCUUUCAGUCAAAAAUUCAAGCCAUCUAAUGUGAAGUCAUUAAGUAGUGGCUCGUCACCUGGAAAAAGGAAGAGGAAAAUGGAUGUCAAGGCCGGGAAAAAAGCUAAAAGUACUUCUAAGGUCCAAUCUAGUGGUUCAAAGCAAUCCACCAUCACUAGAUUCUUUAGUAAAAGUUUGCCUAAUACUUCUGAAGACAGUAAGAAACAAACAAUUUCUGAAGAAGUCCCUGGAAACGGGAACUUGUUGGUUGAUGAUGCUCCAAACUUGUAUGGACAGGAGGUAGGCCAGUUUGUUCAGAUAACUGGUGUUGAUGAAUCAUUUAGAAGCUAUGCUGCCACCAUUCUGGAGAGGACUAAGGGGGACAUUAAUAAGGCAUUGGAUAUACAUUAUGGUAAACCUGAGAGUAUUCCUGGUAAGGAUGUUGAGACGUUGGCAGUGUCUGACAAAUUGGUUCAGCCCCAGAGUGUUACUAAUGAGCGGUCUUAUGCCCAGGGUAACAAGUCGCUGCAAGAAGCAGGAGUCGGAUUUGCUCUAUCAGUAAAGGAACCAGCAGUACCAUGUUCAGAUGCUACUCUUAUGUCACUUCCCCCAGAAAAAUAUGACCCCAUAAAGCAUGCUUGCUGGAAUGUUGGCCAACCUGUGCCAUAUAUUCACCUUGCACGAACCUUUGAUUUGGUUGAAGCUGAAAAGGGGAAGAUUAAGGCCACUUCUAUGCUGUGUAAUAUGUUCAGAAGUAUACUGGCUUUGUCUCCCGAUGAUCUGUUGGCUGCUGUCUAUCUUUGCACAGACAAAAUUGCCGCUGACCAUGAAAAUGUGGAAUUAAAUAUUGGGGGCAGCUUGGUCACGUCUGCAUUAACAGAGGCAUGUGGACCUAGUGCAUCUGAAAUAAGGGAGAUGUAUAAUAACGUUGGGGAUCUUGGUGAUGUGGCUCAGAGAUGUUGGCAAACAAAAAAGAGACAGAAACUACUUGCUCCUACUUCUCCCCUUCUGAUUCGAGAUGUUUUUUCUAGUCUUCACAAGAUAAGUUCACAAACAGGCAGUAAAAGUACUGGUCGAAAGAAGAGCCUCAUUGUGAAUUUGAUGUGCGCUUGCCAGGAGAAAGAAAUGAAGUUUCUUGUGAGAACUUUGGUAAGGAACUUACGUAUUGGAGCAAUGAUGAAAACUAUACUACCUGCUCUGGCCCAAGCAGUUGCAAUGAAUUCCUUCCCUAGCUCCUCAGACAAACAUAGUGCUUCACACAUAAAAGAGAUCCUUCAGGGCCUUUCUACAGCAGUAGUUGAAGCUUAUAAUAUACUUCCUAACCUGGACAUGCUAGUUCCUUCACUCGUCAAGAAUAGCAUUGGCUUUUCCUCGUCUACUUUGUCUAUGGAUCCUGGGAUACCUAUUAAACCCAUGCUCGCCAAAAUUACAAAUGGAGUUUCUCAAGUGCUCAAGUUAUUUGAAAAUAAGGCAUUUUCAUGCGAAUUCAAGUAUGAUGGUCAACGUGCUCAAAUUCACAGACUAUCCAAUGGAACUAUCCGUGUCUUUUCACGAAAUGGAGAUGAAACGACAUCAAAAUUUCCAGAUCUAAUCAAUAUUGUGGAUGAAUCCUGUAAUCGAACAGAGGAUACUUUCAUAAUUGAUGCAGAGGUUGUUGCAGUUGAUAGGAAAAAUGGAUGCAAGCUCAUGUCCUUCCAAGAACUGUCUUCUAGAGAAAGGGGGAGCAAAGAAUCCUCAAUUACAUUGGAUAGUAUUAAGGUGGAGAUCUGCGUGUUUGUCUUCGACAUCAUGUUUGCUAAUGGAAAACAGCUGUUGAAAUUUCCUCUGCGUCAAAGGCGGAAAUACUUGAGAGAUUUAUUUCCUGAUGAGAGGCCAGGUUAUUUUCGAUAUGCAGAAGAAAUGACGGUUGAGCCAAAUGAUGCUUGUUUGGGCAAUGAAUCAAUCUUAAACAGGAUGAACACUUUCCUUGAAGAUGCAUGGCAAUGUUCGUGUGAAGGAAUCAUGGUGAAAACUCUAGAUGUCGAUGCUGGAUAUUCUCCAUCAAAACGUGCUGACAGCUGGUUGAAGGUGAAACGGGAUUAUGUGGAAGGUUUGGGUGACUCACUUGAUUUAGUACCGAUUGGUGCUUGGCAUGGAAACGGAAGGAAAGCAGGAUGGUACAGUCCAUUCCUCAUGGCGUGCUACAACCCUGAGACUGAAGAGUUCCAAUCCGUUUGCCGUGUCAUGUCUGGUUUCUCAGAUGCCUUCUACAAAGAGAUGAAAGAGUUCUUUACCGGCGAUAGAACACUAACCAAAAAGCCACCGUAUUAUCGAACCCUGGAAGUACCGGACAUGUGGUUUUCAGCAGAGCUUGUGUGGGAAAUCAGAGGUGCUGACCUGACAAUAUCCCCAGUUCAUCAAGCCGGGGUAGGUUUGGUUCAUCAGACACGCGGCAUCUCAAUCAGGUUCCCUAGAUUCGUCCGAUCAGUGGGGGAUAGGAACCCAGAAGACUGCAGUAGUGCUGCUGAUAUCGCUCGGAUGUUCAAUGCUCAACCGCGCAAAAUGGACUUGACUAGUGGGAGUUAG